UUUAGAUGGAUUGCAAGUGCGCAUAAUGUUGUCUAUGAAUUAGACAAAGAUGGUUUUCAAGAUCUAAAGCACUUUCAAUUGAAAAACAAUCGGACAAUCCAGUUCUUGGUUAAGUCGACGGAGCAAAUUCAUCCUUGUAGCGUGUUUGGCAGCUUGGAAACAUUGCAGCUUGACAAUUUGGAAAAUCUGGAGAAGAUAUGUGAUAAGGAACUCACAAAAGAAUCAUUUAAAAGAUUGAGAAUUAUAAAGGUAAACCGUUGUAACAUGCUGAAGAAUCUUCUGCCAUUCUCCAUGAGUAAGCUCGAGGAAAUCGAAAUAAGUGAUUGCGGCAUGAUGGAGGAGAUAGUUUCUGACCAUGAAGAAGAAGAAGACAUGAGAAAGGAAGUUAUUGGCGACUUUCCUCAAUUACGCUCCUUGAAGUUGAAAAAUGUUCCAAGGCUUAAAAGUUUCUGCUCUAAAUUGAAGAAAAUUCAAAGGUCUGAAAAGGGGAAGCAACCAAUGGAUGUAGAUAAUUCUGUAAAGACUCUGCUCAGUGGGAAGUUGGUUUUUCUCCCCGUUUUGGAUGAAUUGGAAGUGUCCAAAUGCCAUGAUUUAACAAGAAUAUGGGAUGAUCAGAUUCUACCAAGCUCUGCUUCUUUUCACAACUUAACAAAAUUGCUCAUAGAACUCUGCAAUUCUUUGGAAUAUCUAUUUUCAUCUGCUAUGGCAACGAGUUUUGUACAACUCAAAUCCCUUGAGAUACGUUUUUGUCAGGGCAUGAAAGAAAUAGUGAGAAAUAGUGAAAACAUCGUAAAGAUGUCAUUUCCUAAGCUAAAGUUUCUGGACAUUUUUUAUCUUGAAAGCCUCACAACAUUCUCCUCUGAAAUUGACAUUGACUUUCCAGUUUUAACUAAACUCUGCAUAGCGUACUGCCCGGAAUUUUCGACUUUCAUUUCCAAGUCUGAAGAUGAAAAGCUGCCAUCUCUCUUCAACGAAAAGGUUGCAUUCCCCAGCUUAAAGAAUUUGGAAAUUGCAGACAUGAAUAAGUUGAAGAUGAUAGCCAAUAACGCAGAUGUAUUUCAUAAAUUGGAGGAGUUAACAAUUUUUCGAUGUGACAAUGUAAUGAAGAUAUUCGGAUCCCGUACGCAAAGAGCACUCGCCAGUCUAAGAUGGUUGGAGAUAGACAAGUGUGCAAAGGUAGAAGAGGUAUUUGAAAUCCAAGCAUCAAGUUUUGAAGAAAUUACGCACGACAGAAUAUCAGCACAGUUGAUUCAUUUGAGUCUCUCUGAUUUACCAAACUUGAGGUAUGUGUGGGGUAAAGAUCCUCAAGGAAACAUUACCUUCACACACCUUGAGCAAGUUCAAGUUUGGUCCUGUCCAAGUCUGAAAUCAAUCUUUCCAUUUUCCAUUGCCAAAGGUCUUUACAAACUUCGAGAACUAAAUCUUACUUCUUGUGGGAUACAACAAAUUGUUGAAGCUGUGGGAACUACUGUAUCAGUACCGCCUGAGUUUGUAUUCCCUCGAUUGGAAGAAAUGAAAUUGUACCAUUUGGAAAAUCUCGUGUGUAUCUAUCCAGGAUUGCAUACCUCAAGUUGGCCUUCAUUAACAACUCUAGUUGUGGAGAAAUGUGUGCAAGUGAAGGUUUUGGCUUUGGAAUUCUCCUGCUUCCAAGAUAAGCAUGUGCAUCAUGAUCAUGAUAAUAGUCAAAUCCCACAAGUACCGUUAUUUUUCACCAAGAUUGAUUCUUUUCCCAACUUAGAGAAGUUGGAACUGUUGGAAUGCAAUUUGGAGAAGAUAUGGGAUGGCGAGCUUCUACCGAAGUCUCGUUCUUUCAGUAAGUUAACAAGUUUGCAUGUGAGUGGGUGUGGGUUUUUGAAGAAUCUAUUUUCAUCAGCUGUAGCUGAGAAUUUCAAACAACUUCAAUCUCUCGAGAUAACAGAUUGUAAGUUGAUUGAAGAAAUAAUGAGUAAGAAUGGAAAGGUGGAUAAGGUGGAAUUCACUGGACUAAAACUUCUCAACUUCCAAAAUCUUCCAAACCUCGUGUCAUUCUCGACUGAAAUUUUCACUGAGUUUCCAGUGUUAACUGAAGUUUUUAUUGAUAAUGAAGAUUGCUCUGAGUUUAGGUCUUUUGUUUCCAAAUUGGAAGAGAAGGAUUGCACCACGAUGACAUCUCUGUUCCAUGACAAGUUUGCUUCUUUCCCAAAAUUGAAGGAAUUGAAAUCGUAUGGAUGCGUCUUCACCAAGAUAUGGGAUGACCAGUUUCAACUAAGCUCCACUUCUUUCCGUAACCUGACAAAACUGAUUGUACGAAGCUGCAAUUUUAUGAAAAAUCUAUUUUCAUCUGCUGUGGCUGGGAGUUUGGAACAGCUCUGUUUCCUUGAUGUAAGUGGUUGUAGAAUGAUGGAAGAAAUUAUGACAAGGAAUGAAAGUAUGGAUAAAAUGUCAUUCCCUAAACUAGAUUUGCUGAUACUGAGCAAUCUUCCAAACCUUGUGUCAUUCUCCUCUGGAAUUUUCAUUGAGUUUUCAGUGUUAGAUCGACUUUACAUCAGUUGCUGCCCUGCAUUUGAGACUUUCAUUUCCAACGGAGAACAGAACUUGUACACUGGUACCAUGCCAUCUCUCUUCAACGAAAAGGUAGCAUUCCCCAGCUUGAAUGAAGUAGUGAUUGCAAGGAUGGAUAAAUUGAGGAUGAUAUGGCAAUAUGAUGAUGAAUUCAGUACCGCAAGUUCCUUUUGCAAACUGAAAUAUGUAAUGGUAAGAAAUUGCGAUAAUACGAUGAAGAUAAUUCCAUCUAGUAUGCAGAGAAGAUUCCAUCUAGUAUGCAGAGAAGACUCGUUUGAGCUUAUUCGGGCUAGCAAAACUCAAGUUUGUGUGGAGUAAAGAUCCUCAAGCUACUCUCACCUUCCCAAAUCUAAAGAAAGUUGAAGCUUCCAAAUGUCCAAGUCUGGAAUCAAUCUUUCCACCUUCCAUUGCCAAAGGUCUUUUCCAACUUCAAGGACUGUAUAUUCGUUCUUGCGGGAUAGAAGAAAUUGUUGCCACGGAAGAAGGAUUAGAGAAAGCACCUCCUGAGUUUGUAUUCCCACAAUUAGUGGAAAUGCAACUCGAAUAUUUGCCCAAUCUUGUGUGUUUCUAUCCAGGUUUACAUACCUCAAGUUGGCCACUAUUAGAAAGUUUACGUAUGAUUCACUGUAUGAAGGUGAAGCUUUUUCCAUCCGGGUUCAUCCAAGAAACGGAUGUUUCAGGCUGUUGUGAAACGUUUCCAAUUCGACAACCCUCAUUUUUCACCAAGAUAUGGGAUGACCCACUUGUACUUGGCUCUACUUGUUUCCGUCACUUAACAAUACUGGAAGUUGAUGGCUGUGAGUUUUUGACAAGUUUAUUUCCAUCUGCUGCUAUGGCAGCACGUUUAGAACAUCUCUAUUCCAUUAAGAUAAGCGAAUGUAAGAAGAUGGAAGAAGUAAUAAUAAGCAGGAUUCAAAAUAUGGAAAAGCUUUCAUUCUCUAAACUAAGGCAUCUGCAUCUAAGAAAUCUUCCUAGCCUUGUGAGAUUCUCCUCUGAAAUUUUCAUUGAGUUUCCAGUGCUGAAUGAACUUUCCAUUCAAGAUUGCCCUCAAUUUGGGACUUUCGUUUCCAAGUCAGAACAGAAUUCCUGCACUGCCAUUCCGUCCCUCUUCAACCAAAAGUUAACAGAACUUUCGAUCGAGGGUUGUUCAAAAUUUGUCACAUCCAUUUCCAUAUCAGAGGAUAACUUGUGCACCACUGUGUCAUCUUUCUUCAACAAGUUUGUUUCUUUCCCAGUAUUGGAGAACUUGAAAUUGUCAGGAUGUCAUUUCACCAAGAUAUGGGAUGACCAGCUUCUACCAAGCUCCUUUCCCUCCAUAACUUAAAGAUAUUGACCUUAGACAAGU